AUCUCGAUCGCGCGGUCACGUGGUCAUCAACGUCGACGGUCAACAAUAAGAUGCGGCGCGUAAUUCAAUGUGGGAAUAAAAUGCAAAAUGUGUAUUAAAAAUAAUUGGAAUUAGCAAAUUAGAUGUGUGCACAUUGUUCAACGGCGGUUAUCUCUUAUUAACAGCAAACGUUGCAAGAAAAUUGGAAAAUUCGAAUUUGGAAGAAUUAAAAAAAAAAAAAUGUCGGCGGCGAAGCCGGAAUUAAAAAAUUGGAAGGAAUACAAUCGCAAGCGGAAGGAGCUACGAAAACAAUGGAGGGAAGAGAAACUGGCGAAGAGGCUUAAGAAGGAGGAACUCGAGAGGCAGUCGAAGGACGAGUUGGAGCACGUGGAGCGAGUCAAGUGCGAACGGAAGAACGUCUGUACUAUCAGCAUCGCGGUGCCAGGAUCCAUCCUUGAUAACGCGCAGAGCUCGGAGCUGCGAGCAUACCUAGCGGGACAGAUCGCGCGCACAGCCUGUAUUUAUAAGGUCGACGAAAUCAUAGUGUUCGACGACAAGGGUGACGUUACGGAGAGCGAGAGAAAAAAAGUUAGGAAGGACGAUGCGCUGGGCGAGGCUAGGAUCGGAUGCCUGCAAUUGGCCAGGAUACUGCAGUACUUGGAAUGCCCGCAGUAUCUGAGGAAGUACUUCUUUCCACUUCACAAGAACUUGCAGUAUGCAGGGCUGUUGAAUCCUUUGGAUACGCCACAUCAUCUGAGACAGGAAGAAACUUCUCUGUAUCGAGAGGGGAUAGUUACUAAUAAACCUAUAAAGAUCGGCAAAGGAUCUCAGGUGAACGUAGGACUCUUGAACGAAGUUCACGUGGAUAAGGUGCUGAUGCCUGGAUUAAGGGUGACGGUUAAGAUACCAGCAGAACAACCAAAUCCAAAGAAAUUGAAGGGUAUCAUUGUAGCGCCUAAUGUACCACGUGCAGAAACUGGAAUCUAUUGGGGCUACACAGUCAAACUAGUCAAGCAUUUGUCAGAAGUGCUGACAAAUUGUCAGUAUAAGGGAGGAUACGACUUGACAAUUGGAACAUCCGACAAGGGAACAUUGAUUGAUGAAAUAGAAACGAAGAGUUUAGAAUAUCGACAUUGUCUUAUAGUAUUUGGAGGUCUCAACGGAUUAGAAGCCGCCGUGGACGUGGAUCCAAAUUUAGACGUCGACGAUCCAUCCUUGAUAUUUCAUAAAUAUGUGAACACAUGUCCUGAACAAGGAUCACGAACAAUUAGAACAGAAGAAGCUAUUCUUUUGACUCUAGCUGAAUUAAGAACUAAAUUAGUGCCUAAAGAAAUCACUUCUUAAAAUAAAUAAUAAUAGAAACAGAUAAGUAUUUUUGUCUUUAAAAUUAUAUUGAAUUUUGUCACAACUGUUUUUAUAUCAAGAAUAGAGCUUUAUACAUAUAUAUUUUUAUAAAAAUGUUAAAUGUUUUCUCAAAAAUGCUUUCCAUAUUUAUAAUAUUUUCAAUUGUAGCUAUUUUUUUGCAUGACUGUGACUCAAAUAACAAUUUACUGUAUCUCUAAGAGUUGUAAUUACUUUAGCUUGAUCAGUAGAACCUAUGACAGCUGUGCCAGACACAAUCAUAUUAGCACCAGCCUAAAAAAAAUAAUAUAAUUGAUGUAUAAUUUGUUGAUAAUAUAAUUUCAGAUUAACUAAUG